CAGCGCCGCCUCUCUCCGGGCCAGGCUCGUAGUAGCUGCCAUGUGUUUACUGCCAGGAAAAGCAUGCGCGGGCCCGGGGGGGCUGCCCUGAGUCACCACGGGCUGCGGCGCCCGCCCACGCCCGAGGAUCCCGGGCCGGGCCGGGGCGGGGUUAGCGCUGCCCGCUGAGGCCGCCGCGGCCCAGCCGGAGUCCGGGUCCCGCCCCGCAGCCCCUCGGCCCCGCAGCCAUGACGGGCAGUAACAUGUCUGAUGCUCUGGCCAACGCGGUGUGUGAGCGCUGCCAGGCGCGCUUCAAUCCUGCCGAGAGGAUUGUGAACAGCAACGGGGAGCUCUACCACGAGAACUGCUUCGUCUGUGCCCAGUGCUUUCGGCAGUUCCCAGAGGGACUCUUUUAUGAGUUCGAAGGUCGGAAGUACUGUGAGCAUGACUUUCAGAUGCUGUUUGCUCCUUGCUGUGGGGAAUGCGGUGAGUUCAUUAUCGGGCGUGUUAUCAAGGCAAUGAACAACAACUGGCACCCAGAAUGUUUCCGCUGUGAGCUCUGCGAUGUCACCCUUGCUGACCUGGGCUUUGUGAAGAAUGCUGGCAGGCAUCUGUGCAGGCCCUGCCAUAACCGUGAAAAAGCCAAGGGACUGGGCAAGUACAUCUGUCAGAAGUGCCACUUGAUAAUUGAUGAGCAGCCUCUGAUGUUUAGAAAUGAUUCCUACCAUCCAGAUCACUUCAACUGCACCCACUGUGGGAAGGAGCUGACUGCCGAGGCCCGGGAGCUGAAGGGAGAGCUGUACUGCCUGCCCUGCCAUGACAAGAUGGGGAUCCCCAUCUGUGGGGCCUGCCGCAGGCCCAUCGAGGGGAGAGUGGUCAAUGCCCUGGGAAAGCAGUGGCACGUUGAGCAUUUUGUUUGUGCCAAAUGUGAGAAGCCAUUCUUGGGGCACCGACACUAUGAGAAAAAAGGACUGGCUUAUUGUGAAACCCACUAUAACCAGCUCUUUGGAGAUGUCUGCUACAACUGCAGCCACGUGAUAGAGGGAGAUGUGGUAUCAGCUCUUAACAAGGCCUGGUGUGUGAAUUGCUUCUCCUGCUCCACCUGCAACAUCAAGCUCACACUGAAGAAUAAAUUUGUGGAGUUCGACAUGAAACCUGUGUGCAAGAAGUGCUAUGAGAAAUUCCCUCUGGAGCUGAAGAAACGCCUGAAGAAGUUGUCAGAGCUGGCAUCCAAGAAGGCCCAUCCCAAAGCUCUAGAUUUAAACUCUGCUUAAACAGGUCUGUCAGUCUCGUGACUGCACUUUUACAAAAGCUGCUGCUCACUGCAGCUCUUGAUUACAGAGGCAAUUACUAAGAAGUGAAACCAAAGAUAAGUAGUCCCUUCCCCUGCUUCUGGUAGUGUUGCUUGCAUCUAGACUGUCCCUUUUCUCAAGCAGUUGUCUAUUAACACUGGCAGAAAGAGGAGUAUGGUUUGUGCUUGAGCAGUUUACAGGCAGGUUAUUAAUUUGCUAAUAACAGCGCUUUUUGCCUUUGUGGAAUUGUACACAAUCUUUCCUUCCUCAGUUUAACUGAGGAAGCUUCUCUCUCAGCUUCUCUCUCCAUUCCUCUUAGUCUAAGGAAUUUGGAAACAGUGGUUUAGUGUAGGGCUGGAAGAAAUGUCUGAUUUGCUCUUUUUCAGAUAAAGUAUCAACAUUUUUCUUCCUACUGUGGGUGAAGAAAUUUUUAGGUUUUUUAGUACCUAGGCAAAUAUUCUGAAAGUUCUCUUUGCUACAUGCAAAAAGUUCUGGUCUUUCUCCAUUUUCCUUCUGAGAAUAUAUGGGUGUUGGUACAGUCCUUGUGGUUUGUAGGUUUACUGGAAAGGCCCAGGAACCAACAGCUCUGGUAUCUGCACUGCCGGCUUGUGUGUCUUAGGCCCAGUGCUGGGACAGCAGCACAAGUUUGCUUUGCUGCUCCCGUGCUCAGUACUGAGGAGAUUUCAGUUGUCAAGGCCGUGUCAGCCUCUUCAGAAUAGUUGGGUUCUCCUUGAGGAGGAGAUGGAUGGCUAUGGGGAAACAAAACAUUCUGUUAGAAUUGACACUCAUCAUUUUCUCUGUUCUCUACUUCUACAUGGCUACCAGAGCUUCUGCUGGUCAACACAAAGCAUGUCCUCCUAUCCACUGGUGUAGCUGAUAUUUCUUGAGGUAGUGUGGCUGAAGCCUUGGUUGUUCCUUUGCACAGGGAAAUCAAAUGGAUAAUAUAGUACCGGUUUAGGCAUUUAAAUUUCUCUGUUCUCACUUUAUUUGCAAGCUGAGUAUAGGCUUGUUGGUCAUCCUUCAGAAAGCCCAAUACAUGAAGGCAUUUCUAAUGUUUACAGUCUGUAGCAAAUGUGGUCUUAUGCAGGAAAAAACCCCAGAAAGUACUUCUCUUAACAUUUUUACCCAAAUAAGAUUUGCCCCAUCACCUUUCUUCUUAAGACCUGAGUGUACUUAGAGAGAGGAUCUCAAUCAUGAAUGUGUACAUCUCAAGCAUAUAGUCCUGCCCUGUAGUUUUGCCUAUCCCCAGUGAAGUUUCACUGGUACUUCUGUCUCUGCUACUACAACCCAAGGUGCUGAGAAAUUUACUGGUUUUGAACAUUCUCAAUACUUCUUUAGGGGUGAGCCAUCACCAGUGCUGUUCCUGAGCCCACCCGCACGCUGUAUAAUCACAGGAGCUUCGGAAUCCUCUGGAGGCAUUCCCUGUAUUUUCUUGUGAACUAAGCUGAGCAACCUGAAAAUCCCUUUCCAUGAACAGUUGAGGCUGUGCCUGCCCUUUUGUGAGGCUGACAAGCACUGGAGGACUUCUGUCCCUUGCAUGAUUUAAACCUUCCGAAAAGUGGGUAGAUUAAUAGGUCAAAUGAACACAGCAGUUGGGCCUAGGCACCACCCUGCAGCCCCAGGUGAAUUAGCUAGUGAGAAGUUAAAGUUUCCCCAUUUCUUGUAUGUGUGAGCAGCAGCUGGAUUGGACAAUAAUCUACCUUAAAAUUGUGUUAACACACUUACUGGAUCUCCUACCCAUGGAACUGCACCCCUGAUACCAGAGCAGUGGUGGGAAACCCUGGUGAACUGUGUGCAGAUCAAAAUUCCACGUCAGACCAUCUCUUAGAUUCUCUCUGUCUUUGCUAACUUAGUUUCCCUAAUCUGCUUUGCUUUUUGUUGCCCUAAGUUACCUUUAAUUUUUCUUAGUGUUAUACUGUAUCCACUGUAACACUGAUGAGGGGAUAGGCCUAGUUUUAACAGUAAACUCUUCCAUCCUCUCCUGGCCACAAUCUCUGUAGGUUCCAGUAAGAGCAGCUGCUUAUGUCACUGCUUUAGGAAAAGAGAACACUUGCUGUUCUCUCACUAGCCUUAAAACAGACUUUAAGUUAAGGGCACAAAGAGCAUGUCUUUUGGUGCAGUAGGGUGUGGCCACUGUAAACACCCAUCCUGAAAACCUAUUGUUGACAUUUUUGUCACAGCAGGAAACACAGGGAGUGCUGCUCUAGGUUCAGUUCAGUGGGUUAUGCAGAUCCUCCUCAGCAUAAAGCAUUCCGGUCUGUUCCUGUAAUCUCAAUCCCAGCCUAUGCCUUGUGCUGAAUCUGAGCAGCUGUGUAUCCCUCCUGGGAAGGAGGUGGAGGAACACAGAGCAGCACGUUCCUGGUAAAUAGGGAAGGACCACGUCACUAGCAGGCAAUAGGUAAUACUCUUUCAGUGGCCACUCAAGUUCAGCAAUGGAAAAUUGUGUAUAUGGAGGUGAAUGGAAUUACUUUUGUAGUGCAAGUAGAGAUUUAGUGUGUGCUCUUACCUUGUCUCAUUCUAGAAAUUCAGCAGACCUUGUAGGCUUCAGAGUUCACGGAAGAGUUUAUAUCAUUCUCUUUGAUAGGCUGUUCAGUUCUCUAGGAUUUGGAUUAAUGGCCAGUCUUCGCGAGCGAAGAUCCGGGGAAGGUCUUUCCACCUUCCAGCCUGCGCAUUGGAUUUUUUAGGUGAGACACAGUGUGCGCGGAACUGAGCCCACCCUUUAAUCCUAAGGUUCAUCUGCCGGGGCCAAGCGAGCUUGGACGGUGGCAGCGAGGUCCUCAGGACGUAGGUGGGUUGCCUUUAAGGGCUAACGAGCCCCAUCUGCCCGGGAGUGGCCCUGACCGGGAAUCGAACCCGGGUCUCCGCGGUGACAGCGCCGCGCCCUUACCACUAGACCACCAGGGGCUCCAGGAUUUGGAUUAGUGUGGGGGGAAAAAUCAUAGUAAUCCCUGAUCUCUAUAUUAGUGGAAGAUGAUAUUCUCUUAGUAUCUCCUAAAGUAUUAAUUUUUCACAAUUAUUUUUCUAAUACUUCUGUUGCCUAUAGCCUGCAGUAUGCGGAGUUACAGUAGUGAAUAUUACUGACAUACCUUUUGUGGGAGAGUGGAAUUGAAGGAGUAGGAAAAAUAAUAUAAAUAGUUUUAAAAAAUGCAUCUUCCUCUAAUUCUGAGUCUCCUUUUUAAAAACCAAGCAGAAUAUAGUGCAGGCUCAUUAGUGUGUUGAUAGGCUGACAGGUUUGUUUUCUUUUUUAAUGAAGUCAAGGUGUCAGUCAGAAAUAAGCUGCAUGCUUUUUUCCAUUGUUGUAAAUCAGCCUGCUAGCCAAAUUCACCCUCAGUAUCUCACCACUGGAGAGUACAGAUUUAUGCCCAGGUUGAACUUGGCUCAGAAGCCUACACUUACUAAAAGCUGUUGUCUUAUUCUAUGCAUUUAUAGUUUACAUUCUUACUUCUACAUAACUAAAAUCACUAACAUUAACUGAGUACACUUGAAAAUGGUUUUGCUUUUAGAAAGCACAGUAUGUGAAGCUUGUUUGUAUUCAAAGGAUAUGCUAAUCACUUGUCUAGAUGGCAACUAAUCUGCUCUCUAGGGUUUGCAUCCUGGUGUUUAUUUUUACAGCAGUCUCUGCAAUGUUGGCAAAUGUUGGUCAGCCUUUGGUGCAGAGGGUUCCUGAUGUCACAUGGUGUGUAUUAGAUGAUAUGACUGACACUUUUUUCACAAGUGGUUGGAUGGUGAAGGAAUAGAUUGCAGGCAAACAUAGUAAAUGUGGUUGUACUAGUCUGUAAAGCACUGUUUAAGUGCUGAGGGUGUUAUAGACUGAGAAAAGAAUUAGCAGCUACCUGCCUUGGUUCAGGCCUUGAUGAGCGGUGUAGGUUCUGCAUCAUGUAGAGCUCUCAUUUUAUCACACAUGGCUUGUGCUGUCUAAUCAAAACGUGUGAUUGUGCAUUGAAAUGCUGUAAUAUUGUAUCUUUUUAUGUUCCUAUAAUAAAGGUAAUACAUUUUAAAUCUUUACACAAAAAAAAGUAAAAAAUUUGCAUAAUGUAUGGUUAAAAAAUAUACUAUAUUUGCAAUGAUGAACCAGAAAGCACCUGAGGAACCCUGGGGAUUGCCCAAACCUGAGACACUGUUGUGGUGAAUUCAUGUUUUAGAUCUGUGCUGCUUCUCUGGUGAUAUGUUGCUUGAUGAGGGUGUGCAGAAAGGGGGGUUAUCCUUUUAGAGGCUGUAGUGUACAAAAUGUGUUUGUACACAGAUGGGAUGCUGUGAUCAUUUACAGGCUGUAGUAGAUACUUGAUAAAUUUAAGUGACGUGGAUCUAGAGCAAAUACUCAAGUUUCUUGGUAAGAAAAAGACAUUGUGGUUGAUUUUCUGCAAUCUUUAUUUAAAAACCAAGAACAGUACAGUUUGGCUGCAGAAUUUC